UCAUAUCCACAUUACCUACAUGUAAAUCUACCAAAAGACAAUCUACCCGAUUUUACAGCUCUACUUGUACCAAUUUGUGUGUCGCCGAUUUUAGGAGAGGGCGCAACAAGGUAUCGGUCGAAUUACGAUAUCUCGUUUACUGACCGUCAGGUGAUAGCGUUGCUAGAAUCUACAAGAAGAGCCCAGGGGGUGUUUUUGUUACCCCCAAAGAUCUGAGAGAGCAGAUAUUGCUUAGAAAAUCAAAAGAGAACGGGAAAAAAAGUUAAAAAACGGCAUAAUGCAAAAUGGAAAGCAAACUAACGGUGAUACGAAAUUAGACGUACAAGAUGUACAAUUAAGUUUCAAGAAGAAAGGCAUUCGAACAAACCUAGAGAAGUUCCUUAUAAUAUUUAGUGUAGCCGUUUUAGUCGUUUGCGUUGUGUUCAUUGUUCUCUACAUUAACACCAGUAAAGACGAAACUACAAACUCCGCUGGCGGACCAGCUGCCAGCACGUCAGAUAACAUUUGUCUCACACCCGAAUGUUCGAUAGCCGCCUCACGACUUCUCAGCUCUUUAAACACUGAAGUUGAACCGUGUAACAACUUUUACGAGUUUGCUUGCGGAACCUGGAUGAAGAAGAAUGUCAUUCCAGAAGAUCGGUCCAGCUACGACAUGUUUGGUGUUGUUCGUGAAGACGUAGAAGUCAUCAUGAAAAUUGUACUGGAGCAGCCCGGAUCACCCAGUGACCCAGAGUCUGUAACCCACGCCAAAAAUCUCUACAAGUCGUGUGUCAAUCAAACAUACAUAGAAAGUCGUGGUAUUGAACCCUCCUUUGGCCUGCUGAAGGAACUCGGUGGUUGGCCUGUCCUAGGAAACAACACGGGCGGACACUGGAACGAGUCGGAGUACAACUUAACAACGCUUUUAUUAAAUCUCCUUCGUUAUAACAACAAACCACUAAUUAACUUGUAUGUGUAUACGGAUUCCAAAAACUCAUCAUCAAGAGUCAUAUUUUUGGAUCAACCGGACUUUGGAAUGCCUGGUCGAAAGUACUAUCUUAAUGGCUUAAACGACACCAUGGUGAGAGCUUACAAAGCGCUUGCGCAAGCUGUGGCAGAAGAGUUCCAUGCUGAUCCAUCUACAGCCGACCGAGAUAUGGAAGAAGUUAUCAAACUGGAAACUGACAUGGCAAAUAUUUCUAUGAGAGAUGAGGACAGGAGAGACAGUUUUGCUCUGUACAAUCCUAUAGAAAUGCAGAAACUGAAGAUUAACUAUACUGUACCAGAUGGAGCCAAGUUUGACUGGGAUGACUUUAUCACACGUGUGAUGAGAAUAGAAGGAGUUGAUGUCAAUGUUCCUCCUGACGAGACCAUUAUUGUCAGGGCCAUUCCAUACUUCUCAAAAAUGUUUGAAGUCCUGGGGAAAUACUCAAACAGAACCAUCUCAAAUUACCUUGUAUGGCGUAUUAUGAAAAACAGGAUAGGUAAUUUGGGUCAGAAAUUCCAAGAUUUGGUGACCGAGUAUAAUAAGGCUUUAUAUGGAACAUCAACUCCAAGAGCAAGAUGGCGGAGCUGUGCCUCCUACGUCAACACGUAUUACGGUCUAUCCCUGGGCCGUCUUUUUGUAAAGGAAGCCUUCGAUGAAAAUGCAAAGCAAGAGACCUUGGAUAUGAUCCAUAAUUUGAGAGCAGCCUUUGGAGAACUUGUGGAUGAAAACACAUGGAUGGAUGAUACAACAAGAGGACUAGCUAAAGAAAAGGCGAAAUUUAUUCAAGAAAAGAUUGGAUAUCAAGACUUCAUCUUAAAUAAGACAGCGUUAGACGAAUACUACGAAAAUUAUACAGCAGAGGCAGAUACGUAUUUUGAAAAUGUCCUGUCAAAUUUGAGAAGGUCAACGAUCGACUCCCUGCGCUAUCUUCGAUUUGAAGUCGACAAAAAUGAGUGGGGUACGGCUCCCGCCACAGUAAAUGCUUAUUACAACAGUGUUCUUAAUCGAAUCAUGUUUCCAGCUGGAAUUUUGCAGCCUCCAUUCUUUUCAAGUUCACAGACCAAAUCUAUGAAUUAUGGAGGUAUCGGUGUGGUUAUUGGACACGAGAUCACCCACGGCUUUGAUGACAGAGGACGUCAAUAUGACAAAAAUGGCAAUCUCAAGCAAUGGUGGACGGAUGAAGUGAUACAGACAUUUAAGAAGCAGGCUCAAUGUCUGGUUGACCAGUACGGUAACUUCUCCGUCCCUGAGGCUGACGGGAUGAAGAUGAAUGGUAUCAAUACUCUCGGAGAAAACAUUGCAGAUAAUGGAGGAUUAAAGGAAAGCUAUCGAGCCUACAGAAGAUGGGUGGAAACAAGAGGAAGGGAGGAGGAACAGUUACCGGGGGUCAAGUACACACACGACCAAAUAUUCUUCAUUAACUUUGCUCAGGUUUGGUGCGGAAACAUGCGUCGAGAGUCAGCUAUAAACCGUAUCCUGACAGGUGUGCACAGUCCAGGUAGAUUCAGAGUGAUUGGUACAUUACAGAACUCUGAAGAUUUCUCGAGAGCGUUUAACUGCCCAGCCUCGAGUUUUAUGAACGCAGCUAACAAGUGUUCUGUGUGGUAGUCUAUAACAAUGUACCCACUGCAAAAAUCCAAAUUAAUGUUAUCCUUAAAUUUUUAUAAGAUAUUUCUUCGUUAAAUACAAAGGAGAGCAUUGAAGGAAAGAACAAAUACUGUUUUUAAACUUAUAUUUGCAACCAUGGCAUUUAUUCAAAGACAAAAAUCUUACAUUUCUUUAUGAAGCACAAUGCACCACUUAAAAUUUUAACUAUUUUUACAAUAAAUAUGUUGAUGUCAUUAAUGAUUGGAAGGCCAAUAUUUAUACGAUGUUACUGUUUUGUUAUAAAUUUUGUAUUGACUGCAACCAAGUAAAUUACUGUAAAAUCACAUACAUGUAUUAUCGUGGGGUCAAAUUUUCAUGGUUUGAGGAAAUAAUAUGGGUUCGUGGGGAUUUAAUUUCGUGGAUGAAGAACUAUUGAAUAGUUAUGUAUAUGACAAUUUACAUUUCGUGGUGGACAUAAAUUCGUGGGUCUCUUCAUGCCUCGAAAACAACGAAAAUUAAACCCCCCCCGUGAAAAUUAGUGAUUUCACAGUAAAUUUUUAAGCAUGACUUUGCCCUCAAUUUUUUUUUACAAGUCUUGCAUAGAAAGUGAAAUUAUUUUUAAAUCGAACAUUGAUUUUAUUUUCAAUUUCUAUGUAGUAAGUAUAAGGUGAUUAAUUGCUGUGAUAUUUAACCUACCUGAACAUUUAUAUGCAAUACAUGUAUAUGAUAUAU